AUGAAGUUUUCAGCAACCACAUUAACGACCUUGGCAUUUGCCUCUUUAGGUUUGGUCGAUGCCUUGGUAAUUGAAACCCCCUUUUUGAAUUUCCCCCAGCAGCCGCUCAAGUUAGAUUUCGAGUAUGAUAAGUUUGCUUCCAAAUUGUCAGGCUAUUUAUUUAAUGAGGAGAGAACAAAUGAGUUUUUCACCAAGGUAUCGCAAGUGUUCAACGAACCUUUGGAUACGUUGACUCUGGAAACUAAACAAAUUUGGAAAGAUUUUGUAUUCAAUUCAAAGCAAUUUCGCAAUAUGAGAUUAACAAUGCCUGGUAAAAAGUUGAGCCAAGUUGUUAAGCAAAAUUUCGAUUUUUAUGUUCAAGAUCGAAAAGCCGUGCCAAACCAUGGGUUGAGAAUUAAGGCAACUCCCGAAUCUCUUGGUGUUGAUGCGGUUAAACAGUACUCGGGCUACUUGGAUGUCGACGACGAAGAUAAACAUUUCUUUUUUUGGGCUUUUGAAAGUAGAAAUGAUCCAAAGAAUGACCCUGUCAUUUUAUGGUUGAAUGGGGGUCCAGGAUGCUCUUCUGCUACCGGGUUGUUUUUCGAAUUGGGUCCUUCUGCUAUCGACAAAAGUUUGAAACCGGUAUAUAAUCCAUACAGUUGGAACAGCAAUGCCACCGUUAUCUUCUUGGACCAGCCAGUUAAUGUUGGUUACUCAUACUCAUCCAAAUCAGUCUCAAAUACAGUUGCGGCAGGUAAGGAUGUUUAUGCAUUUUUGGAAUUAUUCUUUAGACAAUUUCCAGAAUACGCCAAGUUGGACUUUCACAUUGCUGGUGAAUCGUAUGCUGGACAUUACAUUCCUGUUUUUGCCAGUGAAAUAUUGAGUCAUCCUGACCGUUCAUUUAACUUGACAUCAGUUUUGAUUGGUAAUGGUUUAACUGAUCCAUUAGUUCAAUAUGAACAUUAUGAGCCAAUGGCGUGCGGUCAAGGUGGAUACUCAAGUGUAUUGGACGAAGAGGAAUGUAAAUCAAUGAGUGAUGCUAUUCCAAGAUGCCUUUCAUUAAUCGAAUCGUGUUACAAAUCCGAAUCUAUUUGGUCCUGUGUCCCAGCUACCAUCUACUGUAACAAUGCCGAAAUUGGUCCAUACCAGAAAACAGGAAGAAAUGUGUAUGAUAUUAGAACCAUGUGUGAAGGCGGAAACUUGUGCUAUACUGAUUUGGAAUACAUUGAUAGUUUUAUGAACAAACCUGAAGUGAUGAAAGCUUUGGGUGCAGAAGUUUCAAGCUUUGAGUCAUGCAACUUUGAUGUCAAUAGAGAUUUCAUGUUGUCGGGUGGAGACUGGAUGAAACCAUACCAUAAGAAUGUGAUUGACUUGUUAGAAAAAGGUGUACCUGUUCUCAUUUAUGCUGGUGACAAAGAUUUCAUUUGUAACUGGUUAGGAAACGAAGCUUGGACUAAUAAAUUGCAAUGGUCAGGUUCAAAGAAGUUUAGCAAUGCUCCUGUGAGAAAAUGGGAAGUUAACGGUAAACAUGCCGGUGAUGUUAAAAAUUACGAAAACUUUACAUUUUUGAGAGUGUUUGAUGGUGGACAUAUGGUUCCUUAUGACCAACCUGUUAACUCUUUGGAAAUGGUCAAUGGAUGGAUUGCUGGUGACUACAAGUUUUGA